AUGCCGCUUGUCGCGUACUCCGACUCGGAGUCGGAGGCUGAGCACGCCGCGCCGCCGCCCGCCAAACGACCCAGACGCGAGGCCUCAGCCUCGUCCGCCGACUGCCGCGGCCCUCCGCCAUCCCUGCCGCCGCUGCCCCCGGCCUUCCUCGACCUCUAUGCAACCAACGCCCGACAGAGCACCCACGACGAUCCCGCUCUGCACGCCGGCCGGAAGCGCGCCAUCCCGCACAUGGACGGCCAUUGGCCUUCGCACGUCUAUCUAGAGUGGCAUCCAAAUGCCGUAGAAUCCCGCACGCUCCAGUCGCUUCUUUCCGCCGUGGAACGAGCCGUCGCGCUCCACUUCCACACCUCCCCGACCAGUGACGCCCCGGGUGCGCCCAAGCAGCAAACCGUGCACAGUUCGCUCUUGACGCCGCUGUCCACGCCUGCGCCGCUGCACGUGUCGCUGUCGCGCACUUUGCCCUUGCCAACCGACACGCGCUCUCCGUUUCUGGAUGCCCUGGCCGCAAAUCUCAGGCGCAGCGGCGCGCGUCCGUUUGAGGCACAUUUCGAGGGCUUGAAGUGGGUGCCCAACUUCGACCGCUCGCGCUGGUUCCUCGUGCUGGGCGUGCGCCGCCCGCCUAACGAUGAGUUGAACCGCCUGCUUCUGGCGGCCAAUCAGGCGGCGAAGAAAUUCAGGUACCCUGAACUUUAUGCUGGCACGGCCCGGAAUAAUCAGCAGCAUGCCGAGGGCGUCGACAUGACGGGAGGCUGGGGAGCUGACACUGCCGCAAAGGACCACAAGGGAGGUGAAGGGAACACGAAAGGCUUCAUUGAUGGGAAGAAUGAUCGAUCCAAUGCCUUUCAUGUCAGUCUCGCCUGGAGCCUGGAGCCGCCUCCCGCUGAGCUCCAGGAAUUCUCUGGGGUGGAAGAUAUAGCCGCUCUGAUGAACCAGGACGUUGGGCAGAUGAACGUCAGGUUCGACGUCGUCAAGGUGAAGGUUGGCAAUGCGGUUCACGCUCUCGACAUUGCCCCAAAACGCAAGAAUGAGAAGGGCAUCUUGGGUCUGGUCUAA